ACAUCAACAGGAAUUCGGCUCACACAAUCCAGGGCACUCGGACAGAAGGCAUUGGAUUUCCUAAUGGAGAAAACGAAGAUCACAACUCCGGUGAAAGUCACAAAGGAGGUGAUCAAAGGACAGGAUGGCAAGGAGGAAGAGGUGGACGUAUGGGAGUACCCGGAACAGGAUCUGCAAACACUCCAUGAUCUGUAUCAGCGACAUGCAGUUCUGUUUAACUUCGCAGGCAAGAACAGGGAGCUGUCACUGAACGAUAAAAGGAAGUGGGUAAUGGAGAAGCUCAGGGGUUUGGAAAACAUACCGGGCAUUGAACCUGAAGUCUCUUAUCAUAAAAGAGGGAGAUACACAGUGAUGAUAGUAUGCGUGGACCCAGCUUACGCCCAGUACCUGUUAUCUCUGGGGUCACUCAGAUGUCAUGGGUCGGUGGUCACAAUUCAGGCUUGGAAACCACCGCAGCCACCUCCAACAGAAGCAUCAAGACACAGGCAGACAAUGAUGAGAGAUAAUUUCUGGGUGCAGUUCGAUAAUCUCUCGGAGGGCAUGCACAGCUUUGUACAGCAACGCCUAAACGAGGAAUAUCCGAACAAUCCCAUUAUAGAGUGGCUACCCGCGAAUCCGGACUUCCUAGCUCCCAACCACGACUCUCGGGUGGUGUGUCUGGAGGUCAAAUCUGGGGCACCACCUAAGUUCCCGGAGGUGUGGAUAUUCAGGAAAAGAACAGAACGGAUCACGAUAUUCAUCUCCUCCAAAUCAAACCCGUUCUACUUCAAAUGCAGAGCAAGAGGGCAUCUGGGAAUGCACUGUCCUCAGUCAGGUACGGGAUCGGGAGGGAAGCAGCCGCAAUUAAAGCAGUCAAUGCUGGUGGAAGCGGACAACGAACCAGGGGUCUGGUAUAUCAACUCGUCACAAUACAGAGGGUGGAUCUUCGACGACAAUCUGGAAACACCCAAGAGGGCAAGGGAGGAGGCAGAAAAGAUAACAGGUGAAGAAAAGGGAAGGGAAGGAGGCGAGGGGGAGGGUAGUAGUAACUCCCAGGACAACGGAAAGAACACUAAGGAACAGAACAUUGAGAGGGAGGUAACCAGGGGGGGGAAGGAAGAUGGGGGCCCACAGGCGUCCACGAAGAGGAAACUUCGGGACCGGGAGGCAGCAAUGCCAACAAGCUCAAGCCAGGACGCCAAGAGAUCCAACACAGGAGGAGGGGAAGAGGAAGAUCCAGCGGCGCAAGGAAAACAGCAAGGAAUGGACACGGAGGACACAACGUUAGAGUUAGGCAAAUCACAGAACGAGCAGAUGGAUACGUCGUCCUCAGCAACGGCGGAAUCAGCAGCAGCCUCAGCAGCAACUUCAGCAGCGGCAUCAGCGGCAUCAGCCCCUCGAGGGAGGGAGGACACGUCCUCAGGUAGAAGCAGCUCAGCACACAACCGACAUAAGGACGGGGGGGGAGAGCCAAUGGAAGUCUCAGCAGGAGGCUCUCAGGAAGGGGGGAUCAGCGGGUCAGAGGAAGAAAUGAAUCAGGACACGGACGUCGAAUCAGAGGAGGACACUGAGGGGGAAGAAUGGGAAGACGCAGAAGGGGAUGAGGAACCAGAAACUUUGGCACAGUGGAUCAGAACAGUUCACAAGCUGAGAUGGGAGCGACAUGUCGAGUGCGAGGUUCGCCUGGCACACCACAAGCAUMUGCGCAACCUGAAACAAGCAACCACAGCAGGGGAAGACAUCACCUCAACCAACAGGUUCGAGUAUUUGAAGAAGGAACAGGAGAUCAAUGAGUUCUACGCUGCGCAAUACRCUUGGAARGCACGCCCAGACAACAAUGAYCUCWCUGUYCACAACGCGAGCUAYGCCAAGCAAUUCAUAUGGCCCAAAACCUAUCAGCCACAGGGCCUAAAGAGAUCGGAACAUAAAAGAAAAGCACAGCAGGAGGCAGCGGACAAGGCGAGCAACAAGGAGCAGGGAACGGAAGACUCAUCAGGAGAGCUCGAAGAGAGGGAGCAGAUUGAGGAGGAAAGGAGAGAGGCAACAAUCUUGGAGGCUCAAAUCAAUGUUCUCAAGGAUCAGAACAGAGAACUGGGGUGUGACACCAUCAAUUUGCAAAAAAUAGCUUAUGCCCCGCAUCCUGACAUAAAUGCAGCAGCCAAACUCUUCGCAAGGCACAGCCCGGGGAGGCGAGUUGUGUUGCCAUACCGCUGGAACAGUGGUAAUUCAGACUGGGAGGUAGCUAUCCAUCGGUCACUAGCUCUGAUCACAGCGAGGGACAGCCGGUGUACAAGGGCUGAACUCGGGGAACGGAUCAUGAAGGACUUGCCUGACAAGGCGCAGCUAUGGGGUAGUACCACUGAGGACAGGGAGGAGUGGGAGGACACAGCGGGAGGCAAACUGACGCUGGACUACAGACCUCGUCUUCGAGCUACAGGAGAGGGCAAAAGUGGCAGAGGGACUCAUAUGGAUGCCAUGGCAGGUGGUGGAAACGAUACCUUAUGGUCUUCUGGGCGGCGCAGAAGAGCAUUGCAGUCGGUGAAGAUAGGAGACCUGCCACACUGCAGCUGCCUAGACCACAAGCCUAUCUCCAUGGACCUCACCUUGAAUAAGUCUUCCCAGAGAGGAAGAAUCUUCUAUAAGGUGAACAACUCCCUACUGAAAACACCGGAGUUGAGGGAGGCUAUUCUGCGGGUAUGCCUGGAGCACGAUAGUGAGAAGCAUUCCUUUCCAGACCUAAUAAAGGCCCUAUCAGGGGCUACGACAGCGGUGUCUAGACAGCUAGCGGCUAGAAGAAAGGCCAGGGAGAAGGAUUUACAACAAGCUCUUCGCAUAGCGGAAAGGAACAUGGUCUGCAAUCCUGGCACGAAAUUGUAUGAAAAGAUCAUGGAAUCAGCAAGAAAAGACCUAGGAGACUGGGAGCGUUGGAAGGCAAGAGGGCUACAGAUGAGAGCUAGAAUAAAAAAGUGGGAAGAGGGAGAGCGCAUGACAAAGUAUUUCUUUCAAAAGAUCAAAGCUAGGGGCAGAAGCACACAGAUUGAGAAACUAGAAGGCCCACAGGGAGUAGUAUCAGACCCUGAGGGUUUACUGGAGGUGGCUAGUAAUUUUUACAGCACUCUUUAUAAAUCCAAGGAGGGAGACCAGGACCCAAGAUUGGUAAAGCAGACCCGUGACAAGUUUUUAGCAUACUUAAACCGCACGCUUAAGAGCGAACAAAUUCUAAUGUUGGAGGCCCCUUUAUCGCAGGAAGAGCUGAGGGAAGCACUUGACUCUAUGACCCCCAACAAAACGCCGGGAAAGGACGGACUAACAAGAGAAUUCUGGCAGGAGUUUUGGGAAAUACUGGGCGGAGAAUACGAGACCUACCUGAAUCAAGCCUGGUUGAAUGAGGGCCUAGGAAUAGAAGCCUCGACGGGAAUAGUCACGCUUCUCUACAAGAAAGGKGACCCUAAGGAUAUCAAGAACUACAGGCCGAUCACGYUGUYGACUCUUACCCACAAAAUUAUCGCCAAAGCUUUAGCCAAUAGACUGAGGAGGAUAACGGAUAGAUGUUUUCACCUUGAUCAAACAGGCUUUGUUCCGGGGAGGUUUAUCCUGGACAACGUGAUGACCCUCUCAGAAUCGGUCAGAUACAUAGCGAACAAAAGAUUAAAUGCGGCUAUCCUCUUCUUCGACUUCGAGAAAGCUUACGACCAGGUCAACUGGUCGUUCCUACAGCAAUGCAUGGAAAAGAUGGGGGUGGGACCCAACUUCYGUAAAUGGAUAAGAGUAUUGUACAACGACUCUCACGGGCAAGUGCAGUCUAUGGCAGGAGUGCAGACUGCGGCAAGGGUGGCCCUCCAUGCAGCUGGCCAACGAGUUCCCGUCAAUACGAAGCUUGUCAAGAGCCGCUUCACUACAGGACGAGUGGCGAUGUCGUUUUCAUCGACAACAUUUGAUCCAUCAACAAAGAACGAGUUCGAGUACAUUAAGGUUGAGAAGAAUCCAAAGAAGAAGGGGUACGUGAGGCUGCAUACGACCCAUGGUGAUCUGAACUUAGAGCUUCAUUGUGAUAUUACCCCGCGUACAUGUGAAAACUUCAUCACGCAUUGUGAGAAUGGAUAUUACAACAAUAUUCUCUUCCAUAGGAGCAUUAAAAAUUUCAUGCCAUUCAAAGAUGAGCUCAAUUCAAAGCUGCUUCAUACUGGUCGUGGCAUUGUCAGUAUGGCGAACUCUGGACCUCACUCUAAUGGCUCACAAUUGACUCUCUUCUGUCUGGCCAGCUUCAUCCUGUACAAAUCUGCUCCGCACUUGAACUACAAGCACGCUGUGUUUGGACGGGUUGUUGGGGGACUGGAAACGCUGCGCGCGCUGGAGAGGGUGCCUGUUGACGACAAUGAUCGCCCACUGGAGGAAAUCCGCAUCACGGGCGUUACCAUCUUUGUGAAUCCGUACACGGAACUCGAUGAAGAUGAGGAGUCUGAGGCGGAAGCUGAGAUGAAGAAACGCCAGGAGGCAGCGCUCGCAGAGGAAAAUGAGAGGGCUGGUCAGUGGUACAGCAACCCAGUUAGCAGCAGUGUCAGCACUUCACAAGGCCGCAUGGGUGUAGGUAAAUAUCUCAAGCUGCCAGAAGCCCAAGCAUCAAGGGAAGAGAAAGUCAAGGGUGAGGAAUCAACGACACAGAGCAUGCCGCCGCCCAAGAGGAGGAGAGAAACUCCAUCGGGAACAGCGUUUGGCAACUUUUCAGGCUGGUAGGGGGCACUCAAAAUGUGGUGCUGCAGGAAUCAAAGACGACAAGUCCG